AUGUAUAGAUGUAUUGCUCAACGAUGUAAUCUGAGACAAUCUUGGAAUACGAUAAUGACAAUGACAAUGAUGAAUUCAUCAUGUUAUUAUUCAUCGUCAUCAACGACAAAGAAACCUCAAUCAGAUAUGGAUACGAUGAUUGAAUUGGAUAACAAGAAAUUAACAAACAACAACAAGAAGAAAGAAAGUGUAGAUAUGGAUGAAAUUAAAUCAAUCAUUGAUAGAAUACAAAAUGGUAUUCAUAAUAAUCAUGAUCAGACGUCGAUCAAGACAGAUGAUCUUGAAAAAGCAAUCAAAUAUUCAACCAUUCAACAAUUUACAGAUACUGUAUUUGAUAAAGUGUAUCAUCAAACAAAUAAUAAUAAUGAACAACAAGAAAUAUUACAAUUAAAAGAUACAAUGAUUAAAAGAUUAACACAAAUUGAUAAUAUUGAAUUAUCAUUUAAAUAUAUCUUUAAAUCUAAUCAAAAUAAUAAUCAGAAUAAUAAUAAUAGUAAUAAUCAAAAUAAUAACUUUGAAUAUUUAUCAUUCAUUUCAACAAUAUUAAAAUGUUUGGAAUUAAAUCAAUCAUUAAUUCAAAAUAAUCAGAAUAAUAAUAAUAAUAAUAAGAAAUUGAUAAAAGAUAUAAUAGAUCAAGUUUGGAGAAUGAUAAAGAUUAGUGGAGGACAUCCCAACACUGAAUUGUAUAACAAGGUAUUAGAGAUUUAUGCAGAGAUGAUGGACAAACAAUUGGUCAAUGAAACAUUGGAAGAAAUGGAGUUAACUGCAACACGACCAAACAUUGAUACUUACAUGUCAACUUUUAUGUUACUCGAACCUGAAACUUCAAAAAAAUUAAUGGCUAGUAUUAAAAAUCAAUCAUCCUAUAAAUCAGGUCCAAACAGUUACCAAUUAUUUAAAGAUUCUUUUAAUUCUUUUAAUAAUAAUAAGGAUUAA